AUGUCGAGAAGACGUUCGUCAAUCUUCAUUCUCCUUUUGCCUUAUCACCCUCGUUUGACACCUUCCCAUUCAAUGGUAUCGUCUGUUUUCUUGUUGACACUGGCUUUCGUUGGAUCCAACUGUGCUUUAUUCAAGGUUUUGUCGUUUUUCAAACGUUUAAAGAUAAGGAUUUUACGUUUUAAUUUGUUGAGAGUAAAAUAGUUAUGAGAGUUUUCCAUCGAUUAAUCUGGUUCCGGUUACGGCCAACAAAUCAAGAGCUUUCUUUCGCCUUCGAAAUAUUGAGAAUAAUCGAGUUGGGGCAGAAAAAAUUUUGGGGAAAAUUAAAACAGAGACUUAAAAAAAAAAUUUGAAAAAUUCAUAAAAGUCCAGCUGAUUUUUCUUAAAAUUGCAAAAAGUAAUUGAAGUAACGAAAAUUUAAUCGCAGUUUUCUAAAAAAAUAUAGUCCAUGUUUAUGAAUAAAUUUAAUUAAUACUAUAAAAAUCCUGCUGAUCUUUCUAAAAAUCGAGAAAAAGCUUACGGCAAGCCGAAUUCCCAAGCCGUCUCCGAUCCAAGUACUACCGGCUCUCAACGUUGCUUAACUUGCCAGAUCGGACGGGAUGGCGUGUUUUCAACGUGAUAUGGUCGUAAGCGAAGGUUCUCGCCCGCUAAGGCCUGAUCCUCUUGGUUUUGGUAGAUGCUAUAGAACUGGAUCCAGAAAACCUUCUUUUUUUUCAAAUUUAAUGAUUCUUUACAAAUUUUAUUAAAAAAACUCUUCACUUCCAAAAAAAGCUUUUUUUCUCUUUGAAAGAGUGAGCUUCCAAAUGAACUUUUUAAAAAAAUGAACGUUGCAGGAAGAAACUCUAACACUGAAGCAUCUUUUUGGUCUCACCGAUCCUUCGAUUUGCGAAAUUCGUGACGAGGGACACUACUGUAAACAGGUGGAAAUUUGGAAUGUAAAAACGUGAAUUUCGAAUAAUGUUUUUAAAGAUUGUGAUCGACUUAUCUUUGGUUACUGUAGCCGUAUCUCACAGAUGCGAAUGUCCGAAUGGUUACAGAUGUCCUGAAGAUGUUGAAGAUGACAAAACUGCUGAGAGGUGAGAUUUCCAAAAAGUGAACUUGAAAGAACUCGAAAAACAUAUUUAUCUACGUUACUGAUAGACUCUAUUUCUGAUUUUUAUCAAAAACAUGCAGUUUUCUUUUUUAUUCGAAACGUUUCAGAACUUCAAACUUUUUUUCAGCCUAAAAAAGUAGAAUAUUACAAAAAAUCGUUAAUAUGCUUCCUAAAAAUUAUUCUCAAAGAGCAAGUCUUCCGAUUUCAAAUCUUGCGGGCAAAAUCCGUAUUUCGUAUUCGGAAAUUUUCCUAUGGCGUCUAAAAAAAAGUCCACUUUAAUGACCACUUACGCCUUUCUAGUUAUCACUUUAAGAGGAAUUCCGGUUUCUUCUGACCAAAAACGGUAGCACGUCUGUUGAAAAAGUUAAUUUUUCCUUUUAAAUUGUCAUUCUUUUCAAGCCAACCACAAAACUUAAAGUUUCACUAUUUUCCAUAAGCAUAGUUCUAACUACAACUUUCUAAAAAAAAAACUUCCUCCUCACAAAAAAAAAUUUUUUUUUCCAGGUGUAUCUACGAGAACGACAAGCACUGGCACAAGUGCCAACUGCGGUGUAAUCCAAUCGAUUUAUAA